AAGAAGGGAAAGUUUAUUAGUUUUACAACAUUAUAAGUUUAUAUAUAAUCUCGUCCCAAUAUUAUUCAAAAAUAUGUAUAAUCUCAUCCAAAAGACUUGAGAGAAACCCUCUCUAUAUAUAAGUUGCAUCUAACCCCUUGCUUUAGAAAUAAAGAUCACCAACUCCUUUAUAUUAUUGGGUGGAAAUUAAGAAGAUAGCUAAGGAGAAAAGAGAGAGAUCUCAUAAGAAGAAGUAAUGUCCCAAAUUGUUAACAACAACUUAUUUGAAGAGCAAAAUCAUGAGAUUCCUACGCAAAUGGGUUUCAUUCCUUUCCAAACAAACCUAACCUUCCCUUCUUUGAAAGCAUUCAAUUCCAUAGCUUCUUCACUUACGUCUGAUUCAGAUUCUACAAUAUCAAAUCUAACACAAACCCUACUCACAACCAAUCCACAAAAAUCAAGACAAUACCUCUCCCCAAACUUUGGAGAAACUCAAUUCCUAUCCUUGCAUAGAUCAAGUGUAAAUCCAUGGGCAAUAUUAGGAGGAGGAACAAGUGAUUGCUUCAAGAGUGGUAAAAGAAGUGGAUUAAUACUUGAUGAUCAUCAUUUGGGGAUUUCACCUAUGAAGAUGAAGAAAAUGAAGGGAAGAAAGAAAGUGAGAGAGCCUAGGUUUUGCUUCAAGACUUUGAGUAUUGAUGUUGAUGUGUUGGAUGAUGGUUACAAGUGGAGGAAGUAUGGACAAAAAGUAGUAAAGAACACACAACACCCCAGAAGCUAUUACCGUUGCACAGAGGAGAAUUGUGGUGUAAAGAAACGCGUGGAGCGGUUAGCAGAGGAUCCAAGGAUGGUAAUAACCACAUAUGAAGGGAGACAUGUACAUACUCCAUCCAAUCAUAAUAAUCUUUAUGACUCUCCAUCUCAAUUUGACAAUUUCUUUUGACAAUGAGAAUUGUUUUUUAUUCUCUAUAAAUGUUUUAUGGUGCAACAGUUUUAGAAUUGUUAGAUUUAAAUAAAUAUUAUUUUGUAAAUUUAAUUAUUCUCUGCGACUGUCGCACUAUAAAACAAUAAUAAAUUGAAGUUCAUUUGAUAAUGCAUAUGUAUAUGUUGAUUUUCUCCUCUUUCAAGCACGUCGUAUCAUACUUUUA